AUGAUAGAAGAUAAGGAAUUACGUCUUUGUCUUUGGAGUUGUUACUAUUUAAAAUUAUCGUUAAUGUGGCCUUUAAAAAAAGAAGAAUUCAAAUCUUCCAAGGGGCUCUACUUGCGACUGCUCACCUUUGUCAUCAUUUCGAGUUCUACAUUUGUAUCUAUGAUUUUUAUGCAUCUUUACAAGUCUUUAAAAGUCGGUAGUUACGACGUCAGUGAAGAUUUAGCAAUUUUGGCUUCACUUAUCGGUUAUAUAUGCAUGAUGACUAUGUACGUAAGUAGACAGAAAAAUUUGGAGUUGCUUCUGCUCGACUUGAGCGAUUUCAAAACGUACGGUAAACCACCAAAUUUUGACAAAGUUCGGAAAAGGAUGGAUUUUUACGCACAUUUAGUUUUUUUUUAUUCCAUGUUCGGAACUUUUGUAUACAACAUGGACAAAAUUAUCUUAAUUGAGAAAUGCAAAAAAUCAAGAAAAAUCAACGAAGUUUGUGGAUCAGCUCUACCCUUUUGGACUCCGUUUGAAACCGAAAACUUGUUUAUUCUCACUUUUGUUAUUACCUACGUGCUUAUAAAUAUUUUCAUUGUGGUUAAAGUUGCAUUGACCGUCUCUGUUCAAGUUUUAGAAAUCGCCAGCCACAUUAAUUUACGAAUUGAACAACUAAAAAUCUUAAUUGCUAGCUGUUUUGAUAAAGAUUCAAAAGCCAGUCGAGAAAGACUUGAUUUUUGCAUCAGAUACCAUAAUGUCAUUAUUGAUUACAGUGAACGUUUCAGUAGAUGUUUCAGCUAUGUCAUGUUUAUACAUCUUGCAAUCACCGGAAUUAUUAUCGGUUGUUUAGAAAAUCAAAUUGUUCAGGAGCACCAACCUGAAGCUAUGUUACAUAUGGGUGGGUGGAGUACGGCCACUUUUAUUGCAUGUUACGGAGGUCAACUUUUAAUGGAUGCGAGUACUUCAAUCGCUGAUGAGUUCUAUAACUGUCCAUGGUACGAAGCAGAUGUUAAAAUGAGAAAAGAUUUAAUCCUUAUCAUCCUUCGGGCCCAAAAAGCCUUAUUUGUAUCUACAGGACCUUUCAAUGUUCUUUCAUUUACAUUAUUUGUAUCGGUAUUUACCUGUUUCCAACUCAAAACCUCAUUUAUAUGGCCUCCAAAAAACGAGGAAAUGAAUCCAUCUAAAUGGUUCUACAUUAAAUUAGCUCUGUUGUUAACAGUGUCUGUCAUAAUAUUAUAUGUGCCAGUUUGCAUUCACAUUCACAAACUCUUGGAACGUGAUUUAGACACAAGUGAAGACUUUGCGUUGGUAUUUUCAUACUUUGGGUUUCUAUCAACAAUGAUAUUUUAUUCAAAAAGCCACAAGAAAGUCUGUGACCUUAUUUACAAUCUUGGUAAAUUUGACGAAUUUGGUAAACCUCCAAAUUUUGAUGAAUUAAACCAAAAAUUAGAUUUCUACUCAAAACUGGCGUCUGGAUAUACAGCUAUAGGCGUGAUUGUUUAUAGUGGGAUGAAAGUUUACAAAAUACCCGAUUGUAAAGCGGAAAGAGGGUCGAUUCAAGUAUGUGGAUUGACAGUACCACUGCUUUGCGAAAAAUUUAACGAAGCCUAUUAUUGGACAGCAUUUAGUCAUAUUGUUUGUUCAGUUUUGGCUUGUGCCUGUGUAGCACAUCAAGCCGUCAACCAAGAUGUUGCAGCAGUUCUGCAUUACAUAGGCUGGAUUAUGUCAAUUUUUGUAGUUUGUUGGGCUGGCCAAAUUUUAACAGAUUCGAGUCUUACAGUAGCAGAUGCCUGUUUUGAAUCAAACUGGCUCCAAGCGUGUCCUCGAUUGCGGCGAGAUUUAUCAUUCAUGAUAAGACGGAGCCAGAAAUGUAUUCAGUUGAAGCCAGGACCGUUCAACGUCUUGUGUUUUUCGUUGUUCGUUUCACCUAUACUUACCAAACACAUCUGCGAGCGACAAAAUGCCGCCAGACACUUUGACGACAUUUGUGGUUUGGUCACAAACUCUUGGAUGCCUUUCGAUAUAAAAAACUUUCCCAACAAACAGCUUUUCUACCUUUGGCAAACUUACUCAUUUUAUUGGACUUAUGAAGCAUCAGCGGCCAUUACCUACCUGAAUGUGGCAACUAUGGAGCACGUUUUGGUCAGAAUUUGGCACUUACAAGGCAUGAUUCGGGAGACUAUAAAUAUAUCUGAAAAYGGGGAAUUGAGGAAAAGUCAAUUGAAGAAGUGUUUAGAUUAUCAUAAUCACGUUUUCUUACUUGCUGCUGAUGUUGAUCGAAUUUACCAAAGAUCUCUCUUUGUGCAUGUGCUUUUUUCAGGAGUUCUUUUCGGUAUUAUGGGCUUUAGUAUUUUAACUGUAGGGAUUUCGAUUAAGACGUUGAUUUGUCGGCACAAAGGCUUUAUGAUGGGGUAGCAGACAAAAGGAUGAUGUAUGAAAAAUCAUAUUUUUUGUUCUUUAGUCAAUUGCAAUUGGUGAGGAGGUGUAUAACAGUAAAUGGUAUGAUAGAGACUACAAGUUUCAAAGGGAUUUGAUUACUAUUAUGAAAAGGACA